UUUCUUAGUUUAUUAGGACAGUAAAAAUUAUUCCUUACAAUAAGUAGUGUCGGGUCCUAACCUAGCGAGUUUUUCUGGACCAUAAGUUGGUCCCCAAGCCGUUGUAUCUUUGUUUACUUUGGCUGUUUCCGACUAGGCUAUGGCCGGUCAUGGUUGAGUUCAAAAACUUUGCUGAGAACUGUUACGGAUUAACCGGCACUUGUUCUACUCCAUCGGCGUAGAAUGCAGCAGGGAGGAGUCAUAAUGGUAAGAUCGUGGUACAUGUCGACAAAACUAAGUAAUGCUCAUCCUAUAUCUUUAAUGUUCAGUGUAAGCUAAGUGAUGCUCAAUUUAUACUUUGCAGUACGAUGGAAGUAGAACAAGACGAUCAAGUCGGAACGAUGACCUCCACUCUAAAAUGCAACGAGCUGGCUCUGAAACUCUUUUAAAGACAGACCUCGAACAGUCCAAGGAGGCAAUAAAAAUUGAAAUUCGCAAACAGCUUAAACUAAAAGAGGGCGCCGAAAACCUGAAGAAAGUAGCAACUGACAAGAAAACUCUGGCACAGUGUAACACGAUUUUGAAAGAGGCAACUGCAAAACUUCAAGAUCUGCAUGAUGAACUUCAAGACCUUAAUGCUCGAGUGUCAGAGGAUAUGCCUUGUAAGUAUCUGUAUUGUUUGUGAUAACUGAAGAUAAAAGUGCAAGUCGAUUGUAUAGUUUAUUCCCAGCUAAUGAGCGGCUCGUCGAUUUUCGAAUCGAAAAUAUUCACUUUUUCAGUGUACCGUUGACACUGUAUACUAUAUGUGAUUAGAUUCAUCGGUACUAAUUGCACCUUUCAAAGUACAUUUUAGUAGAUGUUUAAGGUCAGUGGCUUAAAACUGGAUUGUCAAACUUUUUUAUCGUCAUCACUAAUAGUCGAUAAUUUUGUGGUGCGGCAACUCUAGGCUAUUAAUCGCGAUAGAACAAGCUGUGAAGUUAAACUCUUUCUAAUUAAUGGUCUUGGCUACCAUAAUCACUUAUGGCUAUGAGUUUGCCUGCACUUGGCAUUUACUCCUCUUUUGUAAAAGUGUACUCAUUCAGUCACGAACGAUCCGUUGUUCACCAAAGUAUACAACUUGUUUUUUUACUAUCCCAAGAAUGAUCUUUGUUAAUACUAGCUUGAGUACUUAAAAUUGAAGCUUGUCGUUUUCUAAAACAUGAUGUGCACUGAGUAUUAGUUGACCUUUUUUAAAAUUUUACCUGUUGAGAGUUUCGGAGCGUUCAAAAAAACACAAAAGUAUAUACACGAGUUAAUUGCUUGAUAGCGAAUCGAAUAUGCUAGAUGGUGCGUAUCGCCGCACAUUCUUAAAUAUUGAAAUCGUCACCCUCCGGGACUGCUAAUUUGUCAUGUUUAUAUCGCCUUAUAUUUUAAACUAUUAGCAAAAGUUGCUGCUGGGUUAUAAGGAUUUCUUUUGUCAGUCAAGGAAUCGUUAAGGCUCGAAGCUGCUUCCUCUAUGCUUUAGGUCAACUAAUAUUUAAAUCCUUUUGCUUGUGUUUGUGACAACAACGGUGGACUGUUUACAUUUUGAUGUAAGGAAAAGCCUUUGUUUGCACUUCGCUGCCUGUGGCGAGUGUUUCUCUGCGUUCUUUUACCCUACUGUGAUCGAUCCAGGAAUUAUAUUGAUAUAUUCUUUUUGCUAGAAUAUGUGUACAAGUUAUACUGAACAAAUGUUUAAUCAAUCUUUCCUUGUUGCUCUAAGCCAUUUGUUUCUGCAAGACUUAUUUAGCAAAAGAAGCUGAUGUACGUUUAACAAAAUUUUAAUGAAUAAUUUUGGUUUGAUUGAUCAAGAGUUUAGACAUAACCUUGUAUUGUUCGUCUUGAACUUGUUAAGCUAAUUUGGAUUAAAAUUGUUUGCACCUGGUCUUCCAACUCCAUUACAUUAACAGGUGUAACUGACAGCUAGAUGCCUGCAGCUAGUGCAGUCCAAUAUAAUGUCAAUAUUCAAGUCAUUUUUUUCUGAAUAAAUUUCUCUACAUCACUUCUAACAGAAACAGUCAUUACUGGACCUGUACUGUAGUUUUAAAUGAAAUAAAACCUGGAGGAAAACCAAUGAAAUAAGUAUCAGUUGUAGUGUAUAAAAACAGUCACAGUAACAGUUUAAGACGUUAAUAAGUUACAAAAACAAAGCUGACUAUAAAUAUAUUACUUGAUGAACAUACAAUAAAGAUGAGAUACUAAUUGUGUAAAAGGUGAAUUAUACAGAAUUCAUAAGUGAUACACACGUUUCUUAAAUUCUAGGAAUUUAAAUGAGUCAUGUGGAUAAAGAAAGUAAAAGCUAUUUGCAGGCUCUUAAAAAGAGUAAGGCUGAUAUUUUACCAACUGAUCAUCACUGAUUGCUAAUCACCUAAUUGCACUAAAUUUUGAUAGGUAGUUUUUAUUGAAUGAUACAAUUUAAUUGGUGUUAAUGAUGGGAUAUUUGACCUGUGAAUUCGCUCAGCUACCGUAGUAUAGAAGUAGUGAUGAAGGUAGAAGAAAAAAUAUCGUGGAAAACUGAAAACUUCCCAAACUAAUGUCUCUGCAAUAUUGCACAAAGAGAUUAGUAAGUUUGUUUCAUAUUUUUCUCUUGGUAAAAACCCUGUGAAGGCCAAAGAUGGCAAGAAUGCUCUUCCAGUAGACUUUUCUUUUAGAAAAGAUAAACUGCUUAUUGUUUUCUAUUUUGGUGGUGCUCAAAAUAUCAACUAUUCAGUCUCAAAUUCUUGAAAAAGUAUUGAAAUUUGCAAACCAGUUUUCCAGACAUGGAAAAAGUGUGCAGAUUAAAGCUAACUCUCCUCUGACUGUGUUGUACCCGGGUAACUGUAAGUUUGCAGUACAUCAGAGGAAAAGCUUUUGCUGCUACAUUUGUCGAGGUUUCUAUCUAUUCCUAAAUUGAUAGUCUUAAGUCUGGAGAAGGUCUUGAAUUCUACAUGUACAUCCCCAAAUCUGUAAAAGCCCCAGCAUUUUGCUCUCUCUGUGGUGGUGAGUUGACCAAUAAAACUAAAACUUUUUGUCAUCAUGCAAUACAUAUGAUAUUUCCCCUGCACCUAGCAUUGAGUUUGGCUUACUGUAGUCUGUUUUUCUUUUUUCUUUCUUUCUUUAUUUAUGAAUUCCCCUAAAUCCCAAGCUACACUAAGCCAUACUUUAUGUAGGAAAUUUGACCUGUAAGAUAUAUGCCUUGUUCUACAGUAACCCUCUUUGUUUUGUUCAUUUGCAACCAAGUUAGUGGGAUUUGACUGUCAUGCAAUGCUCUCUGUAACUUGGUUUUGGUGUUUCUGCUGCAGUGGAAAUCUCUCUUUCUCUGUUUUUUUUUGCCUGUAUCUAUGUGACUGAUAUUUCCCCUUGCUUUGCAGCUGAAAACACUGAUGGACUCUCUCCUGACAGAACAGAUGGAGUGUCAAAUGACUCGUCAGGAAAUAGUAAAAUUGAAUCAUUACAGAAGCAAAUUGCUGUAGAGAUGAAAGUCAAGCAAGGUGCUGAAAAUAUGUUAGCAACUUACAAUGCAAGUGGAUCAAAGAAAAAAGACAGUAAACUUAUUGCUGAGGCUCAGCAAAUGCUUGAGGACUCAAAAACAAAGAUUGAAAUUAUUCGAAUGGCAUUACUUAGAGAGCAGCAAAUGUCAACAGGAAGGGAAGAUGGUGUUUUAGCAGGUGGAGGGAAAGAGAAUGCCGCUCCAGGCUUGGGACUUUCACCUUUAGAAUUAAGAAUAGAGGAUGUUCGACAUCAUAUUGAAAUUGAAUCUAGAGUUAUACAGGGUGCAAAAAACAUGAUCAAGUUUUUGUCCAAGGCUGGUCAAGACAAGAAAGGUUUAGUAGAGGUAAGCAUUGACUGAAAAACAGAAACAUCAACAUUUGUUUUCAUUGUAAAUAAUAAUUAUUACAGGAAGCAAGGAAAAUAUUGCCCUGGUAAUGAUCUUGGAAAGAGGCCAUUUAAUUUAACUUAGCAGCACUUGGCAGCUACAAUCCGGGACAAAAGUCCUUGGAACGGUAAUGCAGUAUUCAUAACCUUCUGUAAUUUCUUGGUUCCCUAAAAAAGCAUUGCAUACUUUUUGAAAGUUUCUCGCAGUUUUCCCUCCCCCCCCCGUCCUGUGCAAAUUUGAAACUUGGAGAAAAUUCUGGAUACACUCAUCCAACGUUGUUUGUUGGGUGACAGGAGGGGCUGGCAUGUAUGAAUUGGAAAAUGCCCCACAAAUGCAAAAGUGUCCCAAGACUUUUGCCCCUGAUUGUAGCUUUAAGGCCUGAUGUCAUUAUAACAAAACUUUUACAAGUGUAAUUUACAAGUGCAGUAUUGGCUUCCUCUUGGCACUUACCCUGUAAUUAGAUUAGAAACUGACAUACCCAGAUAUGAUCUUGAGGGAUUCUGGGGUUGACUUGGAGGCUCUUGCAAACACAAUGCUGGACUUGAAUGUGUGGAAUAAGACUGUUCUGUGAAUCCCAAUCGAGUGGGCCAAAUGAUGAUUAUAAGGUGAUAAUGAAUAAAAACUGGCAAUGUGGAGGUAGUUAGCUAUUUUGCAAAAUGUGGGCAACACCCAUCAUCUUGAUGAUCAAUAAAUGAAAAGUUGUGUAGGUUUGGCAAGCACACAUCGAUGUAAAAAAACAUUUUCAGUUUUAUUGCCUUAUCUAAACAAUAAAAGGUUACUAGCUCAGCCAGGCUAGAAACAGACAAACUGUCGGUUACAACCGUUAAAAACUGUAUGCUUAACUUCACAGCUGUUUUGCAGGUCUAUAUGCCACAGGAUAUAACAGUGAACAGUACAUUUAAUAAUAUGAUGACCUUUAAGAGAAAAGUGUGUUGUUGGGGUUGGGGUUGGGGUUGGGGUUGUUGUGGGUGUCUAGUAAAAUAAGAGAAGCAUGGAAGAGUGUUUUUUCUGGUGAACUGUUGUGCUGCCAAUAUUGUCACACAUGCAUCAAGAGUUGGUUAAAUAACAUCAAGCAAUGAUAGCCUUGCCUUGUGCAUAAUUGACCAAUUGCAGCAAAUACAGUCUAACCUCUCCUUAUGGAAACCUUUAUAAUACGGACACCUCUCUAUUACGGACAGUUUGUUUGGUCCCUGAAAUGCCAAAAAUCAUACAUUCCCUACCUCUAUAAUACGGACACCUCUGUAAAGGGGACACUUGGUUCUGUCCCUUUGGUGUCCGUAUUAAAGAGGUUUGACUGUACCGUACAUGUAGUUUGAUUGUCUUCUUACAAUGUUGUUAGAACUCUAGUCAAUCCUUGACAUUGUUUUUAUUAAGGGUCAUUGGUCUCAGAUUUUGUCUGGCUACAAUAUUAUGUUUUCUUUCCCUCAUUGUCAUCUCCAUUUUUUCAGGCUGAAAGAAGAUUCCAUGAGUCGAGUCAAAAGCUAGAUUUACUGCAGUGUUCACUUACGAGACUUAUGGGAGAACUAUCUCCUGAGCAAGCUGCUGUAGGAAUUUUCAAAGAUUAUAUUACUACGCCACCAUCUUACGCCGAUCGUAAGGCCGUUGGUUUAGGAAAACAGCAGUAUACAGCUAUCACAAAACCAGCAGCUCUUACUGGCGAGUUAUAUGUAAGUACUGAGAGCUUCAGUAGAUUUUGUCUUUUAAGCAAACAAUGCAAGGAUAAACUUACGUACAAGCAUGAGCUAAGGAUGUUAACACAUGCAUGUGUCUCAUUUGUUACUUGAUCAAGAUGUCAACAUUUCUGUGCAGACUUUUAUCUGUUUAGUAUCUAAUGACUGUUUAGUACAAAUCUAAAGUGUUAUGACAAUGCUAAAGUUAUCUUCUUGCUUGAAGGCCCAUGCCACUGUGGCGGUUCUAAUAAAAGGUCUUAAGAAUUAUGGCUCUAUGGGCAGUACUGUGAUUUUUCUAUUUUCAGUCCACCAAGUUGUUAAAUUUAAAUAAUUCUAUACCAAGGGAUAAGGCUAAAAACCAUUUAGUAACGUUCACAACAAUGCUAUUUGGUGUACGCGAUAAUUUAAUGGAUCCUUCCAUGGUUUUUUCAAGUUUUGAUAAACACCAGUCAGCAAAUAUCCUUUGAUGCUGGUGGAUAGAGCGCUUUAAAAAGUUGAUAUCUGUAUGUUAAAAGCAAGUGAAGCUAUUGGUCCACAAGGUUGCAAUAUUAUACUGUAAACGUUUGUAAGGUGGGGGUUACAAACUUGCCCCCACCACACAAAUGUCUGUAAAAUUUGUUGUAUUCAGGUUCACAUUCUUGGUGCUGAUAGACUUUUAGCAGUGGUGCCUAACCGAGAUCCUAGGAAAACUAUAAGUCUAGCAAUGGUGAGCCCAGACGGAAAGCUUGGAGAUCGUACAGGAUCUAGCAAAAGAAAAAGUGGCUACAAUAGGUGGAAUGCAGAAGAAAAUUUAUCGGGUAAAUAUAAAAUAUGCUGUCUUAACAUCUUAGCCAAUGAAUUUAACACCCAUGUGAAUAUUAUUAGGACUAGUCAUUUAUAUUUCAGCAUUGAGUCUGAAAAAAAGAGGUAAAUAUUGGGAAAAGGAUAGAAGUGUUGGAUUGUACACACUGACCCAAAUGUGUUGGAACCUGAGUUUAAUUUGCCUUUUCUAGUUAAGGUGGGCGCUGGUGCCUACAAGGCUGGUGGAUGCGCGCAGUGCUCUUGUACAAGGAAGGAGGUAUCCAUGGCAACCCUGUGAGCGGCCCUCACCAGGCACUAUCACACUGAACUGUUCCAACCAAUACUUACCUAUCCCUAAAACAAAUAGGGAGGGAGGGUUGAGAAAAAAAAAGCACAAAAAUGGCAAGCAAGCAAGAAAGCUAUAGUAAAGACACUUUGUGAAGAACUGCAAGGAAUUAACUGUGUAUACAAGUCAUAAGAUGCCCUUGCUAGAGGCAUCAGGCCGCCCCCAGCAUAGUUCGAAAAACUGCUGACCAGUAUUGGUCGAAAGUUAAUUUUGCCUAAAUUACAUUUAGUCACAUUUUAAUGUAUUACCAAUAGAUGAGCUUGGGUGCUGGUGCCUACAAGGUUGGUAGAGCCAGGCAAUGCUUUAGCAUGAGGGAGGUAUCCAUGGCAACCCUGCAAGUGCCCCCCCCCCCCCCCCCCCCACACACACACACACCCAAGCGUUUACCUCCAUUGGUGGAGGGGCCAGCAUGGAACCUCCUACUCCAACACUUAUAAUAAACAUGUUUGUUGUUGUUUCUUCCACCACACAUUAUGGUUCAUCCAAAGCAUGGAAGGGGGUUUUUAUUCCAACUUAUUUUUCAUUAAAUAAAACGUACAUUCUUCCUUUUGUUGUGGAUUUUUAGUUGAGGUGUGUGCUGUUCUCAAGUUGGACAACUGCUAUGUUGGACAAAGUAUGUGGAAACCUUUAGGAACAGAAUGUUGGUCUCAACAGUUUCAUAUUGACUUGGACAAGGUAUUACAAGUUUAGAUUAAUGGGUUUGAGUUUUUAUUUUAAAUGGCACUGUGGUGUUUAUUCCUUUUUUCAGUUUGUCAAUGUGGCACUUAUCUGCAAAAUUUUCAUUUGUGAGGAUUGGUAGCUAGUACUUAGUAUUUUUUUCUUUUUCUUUAAUUUGUUAAAAAAAAUGACAACAAUAGCACAGUAUGGUCCACAGAACAGAACAAAAGUUAGUUCUUAAUGUCUAUAUCCACUCUAGAUCCAAAUGAAAUAGUUACAAUCCAACAGUACAAAGCAUCGUUGUCCCUAGCGACAUUGGGGUGCUGCUCCUCUGAUGUAAUUAAUUGAAUAAUUAGGGCUAUAAAGCAAAAUUCGGCCUUAAUCAAUUUAGGUCAUCAUUAUCAGUUAUCAUCAUCAUCAUCAAUUCUUCAAAUGCCAAGUAGCGCAUUUGGUAUCAACAAGUUUCCUCCAUUCCUGUCAGUCAUGUGUAAGCCUAUGAUGCUUACUCCCAGUUAAGAUUCCUGAAUUCUGCCUUAUAAUCCAGGUGGAUUUGGGAUAGGCUCCCUCCAUAUUCCAUUUGAGAUCAACCUUACGGUUGUUAGUGGUUCCACUUUGAAGCAUGUGAACAGUAGAGUUCUAUCUUCUUCCAUUAUAUCCUGUUAAAAAGUGCAGUGAUUGAAGUCCAAAGUAAAUCUAUGCAGGUAGUUUAGAGGCUUUUUUGUGAAAAGGCUAACAUUUGCCCUGAAAAAAUGUUUUUUAGCCCACUUUUCAUUCAACCUUAGUAAGAUUAAGCCUUAAUUUUUUUACGUAGUGAAGAGAAAAAAAGACCGACAUGCACAACUUUGACUACUUCAGGAAUGAAUGAAUGAAUGUCUUUUUUAUUUUUCAACAUUUUAUAGUCUAGCCUACCUGUACAGCUAAGUUUCUUUCUUAUCUUAUAUUGCAGUCAAGAGAACUGGAAGUAGGAGUAUAUUGGCGAGAUCACCGAUCUCUCUGUGGAGUAGCAUUCCUUAGAUUAGAAGAGUUUCUGGAUAACCAGCGACAUCAAAUUCAAGUCCCUCUUGAGCCACAGGGCUGCCUGUUUGCUGAGGUUUGACUGCUUUAUAUUUCUAUUCUUACUUUAAUGAUUGUUUUUUCCUGUUUGUAUGCAAUAAUCCUUUAUAAUGAGCUGAUUACCACUUUGUCAAAAAAAAUUCCAUUUCUUUAUUUUGCCAGAUCUAGAGAGUCAAUAAUUCCCAUAGAGAAAAGAAAUACCCAAUCAAACUACCGUUUGCAGCAGGGCUAACUUUUGAAUUUAUGAAGGAAAUCCUAUGGUGUUACCAUAAGAACGAAAUGUUCUUAGUUCAGUUUUUGCAUUGUACCUCUUAGGAUUUUAGACAGAGAAUUUGAGUUUGGCCACUGUUAGGAAUGAAAGGUUUAAUUUAUUUCUUUUAGCAGAAUGCACAAAAUAAAUUUUACUUUGGCAAAGAUCUCAAAAAUAAUAUCUACUAAUUCUGGUUUUAAAGUUUGGAAAUUUCACAUGCCCAAUGGAAUGGUACAUUCCAGUUGCACAGACCCGACCCAUGACCCAAGCUACCACGCAUUUAGUUUUUGUUCUGUAAGCAGGCUACUAAAGAGCGUUACUCAGAGCACCCUCUGUCAGCCAGUUCUGUAAUAUCAAACACUAAAAAUUAGACAUUUAAUGUAUGUGUCAAUUUAAAUUCAUUAUUUGUACACUGAUUUACUGUUGCUUUACAUUUUACAUGUAGUUGUACAUGUAUUAUUAUUCACUCAUGUGUUUUACUGACCUUUUAAGGUGUUAUUGUAAUACUUUAAGUGGCAGUAUGUUUUGUGCUUCUGUACGAAACCACCAUUUCUCAUGCAUACUUUUUGGAGUAAUAAAUACUUCACUAGACAAAAAGAUAACAUUGGGAGAAUCUAGUUAGCAUUAUUCUCUGCCCUUUGGACACUUUUUGUCAGAUUAAUGUUAGUUUGUAUCUACGUAGCCCAUUUUUUAUAGCAACAAAAUUUGAAUUUAGUAUUCUGUUUUUGUUACCAACUGUCGAGGUUAAGGAUUUAAAGAUGCGCAUUCCAUAUUAUUGUUAUUGUUUUAUGAAACUAAAUCAGUGAUUACAUUGAGUCUGACAACCAACAUUUAUUUCAAUAAUUCAUUUCUAAAAUCUACAGAGGAAAGAUGUGAGGUAAAGAAACAUGAACAUUAUGUUUGUCUGACCAAGGGAGUGUGAUCUUCUUAUAUAUUUAAUCCUUCUAAUUUUGUUUUUCUAGUUGAUUUUUAAGCUUAUUUAAUUUUUCCAAGCUUUAACAUAAACAAAUGGAAGAAAUUGAACUGUUAUUUUUUCUAACCAUUGCUGAAACCAAUCCCUGCCCUGUUGCCUAUUGUGCACAAAAUCUCAAGAUUUAUGAAGGCUAAAAUUUGUAUUUUUCGUUCUCUUUGGUAUUAAAAGUUGUGAUGCCAGUGUGCUGUGUAGGCAGAUGUUUUCUAUCUGUUUUUCAAAAUGUAUCUUAAAUGCCCUGAGUUUCUCUCUCAUACUUAACCCAGGAAAAAUUACUCGUAGAUCUUAUUCAUUAGAAAUAUUUUUUUCCUUCUUAAAGGGUUUAUUAGGGUGAACAACUGGUAUACAGUAGUCAUGCUUUGCUGUUUCCAGUAUUAAUGUACAUUAUAUUCAUUUCCUUCUUCAAUAAUUCAUUAACCCUAAGGAAAUUCAAUACCUCUUUCCAUUUUACAUCGUUGUUUGAUUACUUAUACUCUGUGUAAGGUCUAAAAAAGUUAAUAAAACUUGUAGUACAACAGUCCAUUUUUAAUCCUGUUUUCAUGUUCAUAUAACCAUGAAUUAUCACCCACUUAUUUUUAAAACUUGUAAAAUAAGUUCUGUAACAUUUUAUGUAAGGGGAUGUUGCCUUGUUUUGAAAUGCUUCAUUGGUUUAAGGUUUUUGUUAACUGGUCCAUGAACAACACUUGGCAAUCUCUGUGUCAAGUCUUCCUGAAACAGCAUUUUCACAGCAUAUUUAUUUUUCUGAUUAAUGGCCAUAAAUUCUUGAUGAAAAAUAUAUUUUGCAUUAAAAUUUGUGAACAAUGUAUUUCAUGAAUGUAAGUUUUCUUUAGAAAAAUAUUUUCAGCCAAGUAUUAUCCAUAUUGUAAUAAUUAUUAUUUUCAUCUUCUGACAGAUCUGUUUGAGCAAAUUUGCAUACAUUUUAUGCUCUGUGAUUUCAUAUGACUGGGUUAAAUGAAAUGUGAAGAGAAAAUAAGAAGCAGUAUGUUUAGAAAUGGGAGCUUUAUUGUGAACUUAAUUAAUCUUGGGCUUUUGACUUGAAACCCUACACUCAUACACUGUACAUGUGAAAACCAAAUUUCCUUUUUUUUUACAAAAUCAAAUUCAUAAUCUUUCAAUUUACUUUUGACACCCUGAAUAUUUAACUGUUAUCACUCUAAGACCACAGAGAUAAAGUAUGGGCUUUCUUGCUAAGAAGCGUGUUGUUUAUACUGUUAGUGAUUUGUGUUUCACAAGAGAUUUACAUACUUUGCAGACAUGACAGGUGCUUCUUUUAUAAUAUUUAUUUUUUUGUUUGCUUCUGGGACCAAUCAAUUCUUACUAUGAGGCAGGUCUUGGCAGGUGAACAACUGUUAUUGGCUGGUAACAUGAUGAAAAAUACUCAGAAGCAAUUAAGAAGGUACCGAGUGAAUCCACUGUGAAUCCCAUGGCUUCAUUGGCUUGUGAAUGUGGCAAAACCCAUUUAAAUUGUCUCCCCUGCUUCCAUGGCUACUGUGAUGGUCUUUGUGAUGUUUAUUCAUGAUCUUUUCUGUGCUUACAGUCUUAUUACUGAGUCUGAGGGAUCUGUUUGUGUCAGGUUAUGUCCUGAUCUUUGAUCAGCUAAGCCAUGCAGGUGAAUUCAACACAGAUAUAGCUCCUUUUUUUGUUUUCAAGCAGACAAAGAUGGAUUAAUGCCAGUGAUUGGGAUGAACUGUAAUGUUUUGGCCUCUGGCACAUCAAGGGAGAGCCUGUACUGAAAAGCUUCCUGUUGAAUUGUCUGUUGAUAAAUGUACUAUUUCCCAUAAAAUGCAUUAUUCACUAAUUUGAAAGGUGAGAAAGAGACUCAACCAAAAGCCAUGUAUGGAAGAAAAUAAUUAAGACUGAUUGAAAUUCAGAUUAUGUGUGCCAUGAAUGUUAGUGAGGAUAGAGGAGCAGUGACCAUCAAGCAAAAUGGCUUCCAAUAUCAGACAAGGCUUGGAAUCACCAGCAAGAAUAUUGAGAAAAUUUAUGAGCAGUGGAGCAAGGAAUUGUCUAAACAGGAGUAUGGAAGUGUGAAAUUGGGGGAGUGUGAGAAAUCUACGGAUAAAAUAGAAUGCAAAUCCUCAAAAAAGGGAAACAUCUGUGUGAAUACUAAUGAGGAUGAUAUUAUGAGCAGAAAAAGCUAUCGGCCGGCUGAAUAUGCGGCUAAAUAUUCUGAAGAAAACAAAAAGCUGCCACCCUUUCGUGCUGGAAAAUAUAUUCCCAAAGAUAAUGUGUAUUCUUGUAGCUCAUGCCUUCAAAAUGAGAAAACUACUGCUUUGUCUUCAAAACCAAAGGAAAGCUCAAACAAAAUGGUGUCUUGUUUGGGUUCACCACCACCAUUUAGAACAGGGAAAUACACACCAAAUGAUAGUGGAAUCUAUGUGAAGAGCUCUGAUAAAUUUCCCUCACAAUCUGCCUCUCCAACACAGGGGUCCCCGAAACACAAAGGAAGAAAACAGUCUGUUGAGAGAAUAAUAAACACACUCGAUGAAAUGUGUCUUAAUGGUAGACGAUCUCCAAGUUCACCGAAAAGAAGAUCUCAGGGAGUUUCUUUUACUGAUGGAAGUAAAGCCUCAUCACUUGAACAAAUUGGUUGUUGCAGCUCUGCAAGGAAGAGCUCAACGCUUCCAAGACUGAGAAAUCAGAUGAGUCAUAGUGCAGAUGCAGUAAACAAAAAUUUAAAGACUCGCCCAAAAAGUGCAGCCAUGGAAAAUUAUGCUAAAUCUCGAUCAAGAACAAAAAGUGAAAAUAUGCUAACCAUAACAACCACUCCACGGCCCAAAAGCUCAGUAUUGGAAAACAGCACUCCAAACUUUAGAACAAUCAUAAAAGACAUAGAUAUAGGAUCUCCUGAAAAAUUUAAAGCAAGAAAAACUGUUCAGAAUAGACCCCGAAGUGCUGUCUUAGAAAAUGGACUUUCAAGCCGUUUGCCAAUGAAAAUUGUUACAAAUCCGAAAAAUCAAUUAUCUGUGGGAAAAACUUUGGAUAGGACACCAAGUCGUGAGUCUAACAGAUUUCUGAGGAAAGGGUCAGAUUCUUCUGAACGAGGGCACCAGCGAUCAAAGACAACUACCUCAAUUAGCAGCAGCUGUAGUGAGCGAAGUUACAAAGCUAUGAAAACUAAAAAGCCAAGACGAGAAUUACAGAGAAAUGCUGCUUAUGUUAAGCCAAGGAUAAACAGGAACUAUAGACAUGGGGAUAGGAAAAAAGGAUCAAGCCGGAAAAAAGCUCCCUUGGGCCCUAGACAAGAAAAAAUUUCAACAGACGAAGUAGAUAGCUGCAUUCAUGAAAAACCAUCUGCUGCUGAAAAGCCUGUUGUUUUCUCUUUAUUCAUGGACAAAUUUUGUGUUCGCACCCAAGACUGGAAUGGGCAAUUUAGAAUCCCUGCACUCAAGAGAUGUCGGGUGAUGGCUUGGAAGAUAAAGAGAAUUUCUUACCUCCUUUAUGAAAAGGUGUCUAUUGUUUUCUAUUCCAUUUUCCUUGCAUUACUCAUGCCAGGUUUAAUUUAUUCAAAAUAUUGGCCCAUAACAGGCAGAAUCAGAUCUUUUUGGCAUCCUGCAAUUUUUUAGAAUUAAAUUUAGUUUUUAGAGCAAUAAUCCUUUCCCCCAGGGAACCUUCUUCUGUUAAACUUAGUCAGUUGCUGCUUUAUUGGUUUUUUCAUGACAGCUCCAAACAUUGAUUCCUGAUAGAGAAUUUUUUUUAUCUGUGUUAUGUGACGCAUUCUGAGUUAUAUUUAUUCAUUACUUAGUUUUACUUCCAAUUUAUUUUUGAAUAUCCCCUUUUCUCAGCAUGGGAAAUUAUUGUUAUUUUAUAGAAAUAUGACCACAUGCUUUACUCAAUCAAACUAAUUCAGCAUGAUCAGCUUUUGAAUUCAUAGGAAAGGCAAAGAAGCAUAAUAAUAAUAUUUUGUAGUUCUCAUAUGUCAAGUGCAGUCAUGAUCAAAAUGAAUAAUUAUGUAAUAAUUUCAUGUCAGUGUUGCUGUAGAAGAAACUGUUUUAUAUUAUUAUUUUUUUAAUUUGAAUUUUUACUUGAAGCUGUUUUUUUUUUUAUAGCUCGAAUUAAUGCUGCAGUAAAUUAGAAAUGCGACAAAAUCUAUUUGUCUACAGUACAUUUCCACUAAAUCAUUUCUUUUGUUGAAAAUUGAACGCUUUCAAGUGUAUGCCAUUAUUUUGUUUCAUUUUUAUCAAUUGAUUGUAAGCUACUUUUUGUUGAAAAUUUGGCCAGUGCCAGUUUUUUGUAUUUUUCUUUUUUUUGGCUAAAACCAUUGAUUUUAAAGGUGUGCAUGUAUUCUCACAAAAACAAACGUAAAUGUCAACAUUUUAGCCAAGCAGCUGUUGUUGCAAGUUUUUUUCAUUUCAUUUCAGUUCAUUUGCUGAAGCAUUUUAAUUAACCCUUGUCAGCACAGACAGUCUGUUUCUGAAUGUUUCUUUUUUUAUUAAACAAAAAUGUUAAUGUUUCUGUAUGAGAAGGUUUUAUAUUUUCAUAAUUCCAAAUGCUGCCAGUAGACUGCAGACUGUUAUAAUCACACACACUUAUUUUCAGUGAAAUUUACUUCCACCCAUGGCAAGAAAUCAUUAUUAUUUUUCUCUAGUUCACUUUAGAGAUGGACUAUGUAAAGUGAUAUUUUCUCAGAUGAAACGUGCUAGAUGAACUUUUUGUGCUAUUCCCACAGUGAAAUUUCCUCAACUCUUUGCACUGAAUUAUAAUCAUCAGUUGAGAAGGAAAUUUCUACUUAUCAUGAUUUCGCUGUGUUGUUAUAUUUCCACAGUUUUUGUCUUUGUGUGGUGAAGAAUAUAGCAUGUUUUCAGACAACCACCUGUUGAAUCAUAGUUAUAAAUAUUUUAUAUUUUGAAAGGAAAAACUAAAGGCUUGUUGUAUGGAGCUUAUCCAUAUCCUGCGUUUUUGUCAAGAAUGCUUCUAAGCUGUGCUAUGUUUGUGUUUCCUUUCAAAUGUGUUAAUCAGGUGACAUUUCUAAAUCCCAUGGUGACAAAGAAACCAAGGCUACAGCGACAAAAGAAGCUAUUUCACAUUCAAAAAGGUGAGAGAUUUAGUUUCUAAACUGACAAUAGCAAUCCUAGCACUGGUGCUGUUAAUGUUGUUUUAGUGAUAUCUAUGGUCAAUAAGAAUGUGGUGAUGAAUUUUCAACUCUCUCCCAUCUUUUUGCUAUAGUAAAUUUCAAUCAAGAUGUUGAAUAAAUAUGUGUAGCUUCCUGAUCUAAGUUCACUAGACAAUAUACAUGGUGAUAAAAUGUUAUGAUUUGCAUUAUAUGUAAAUUAUCUUGGAGUUACGGCAUUUUCUAGAGUAGUAGAAGAUUGUCUUAUUGAAAUUGUAUUAAGAAAUCAAGGUGAAUCUAUCAAGUGAGGGAACAGCAGAUUAUAAUAUUUACAAAAUGGUGUUAUUGUUUUAUUCACUGUGGAUCAUAGAUUCAAGUGUACUGUUCAGGGUGCAAAGAAAGUCAUUUUUACAUCUUGCCAUUCGGGCAAGCUGAAGCUAGCAUUUACUAGCCCAAACAUCAUUUCAACUAGCCCCCAAAAUUUUUUGAUGAGCAGAAUUGAUUUCACGGUUCCUCUGUAAGUUAAUACUUCACUUGCCCAUCGGGCAAGUUAAAAACAGAAUUCACUAUCCUGGUAUCACAAUCCACUAGCCCUGGGCUAUCGGACACUACUUUCCUUGCACGCUGCUGUUUCAUGCUAUGAACAUGUCCCUUAUCCCAAGCUACAGGGUUAUUUUGAAUAAUUUAUUUUAUUGGCCACUGAUGCAAGCAUGAAAGGAAACUGUAGAAUUUGAAAGCGGUUGUCUAAUUAACACACGUAUGCCACCUUAAAAUGAUAUAUUUACUUACCUUUUUUGUUCCGCUUGAUCAUCUUGGGAACAAAUUGGGAAGGGGAGAGUAAAAAAAUUAAAUUUCUAUUCUCAUUCAAAAGAAACUUCCUCUAAUUUUCAAACAAAAAGUUUUACACUUGACCUCUUCUUAGCCCUUUAAUUCCAAAAGUUAUCAACAUCACUUUUCUCCCUACAUUAAUAAUACAUAAUCAAAAGAAAAGUUUAUGAGAAUUAAUCAGAUGAUCACCUACAAGAAAAUGCCUUGAUCUUUAGUUAAAUUCUUCCAACUAAUUCUUGAAGGAAAUAUAUGAUAUCAUUUUACACAAUUUGUAUGAUGAUAUUCGCCACUUUGUAUGAGGAUAUUUGCCACUUUGUAUGAAGAUAUUCGCCACUUUGUAUGAGGAUAUUCGCGUACAAGAAAAUGCCUUGAUCUUUAGUUAAAUUCUUCCAACUAAUUCUUGAAGGAAAUAUAUGAUAUCAUUUUACACAAUUUGUAUGAGGAUAUUCGCCACUUUGUAUGAGGAUAUUUGCCACUUUGUAUGAAGAUAUUUGCCACUUUGUAUGAGGAUAUUCGCCUACAAGAAAAUGCCUUGAUCUUUAGUUAAAUUCUUCCAACUAAUUCUUGAAGGAAAUAUAUGAUAUCAUUUUACACAAUUUGUAUGAUGAUAUUCGCCACAUUGUAUGAGGAUAUUCGCCACUUUGUAUGAGGAUAUUCGCCACUUUAAAAACAAGAAGGAAACUGGACCAAGUAAGCUUUCACAAGCCAAAGACGUCUGGGAUCGUUACUGGGAAUGUGCUAUUCAGCUAUUUGCCUAUUUGUUUUCCCUGUCCCCAAUAUCAAAAACAGUUUCAGAAGUCUUUUGUUAAGUUAACUCAGCCCAUGAGAAAUGAUGUAAUCAACAUGUCAGGAGCAUGGGACAAAGACAAAAUCUGAGUGGAAUUGAGCCUAUGACCUUCCGUACUCUGGUCAGGUGUUCUAACCACUGAGCUGCAAAGGACUCGUGGCAAGCUGGGCCAUAUAAAAAUAAUUUAAAAAUUUAUCAACUUUUUUUAUUUAUUUAUUUAUUUAACUCCGCCCAGUUACCUUUUUGUUUCCAAAAUGGUGAUUGGAGGCCUAAAGGGUUAAAUGUGAAGGGUUUUGAAAUUUUGAAAUGGCCUAUGACGACUUUGUUUUGUCUUCUGUUCAUGUAGCUCACUGUUUAAUUUUUCUGGCAUUGACCACUUUCGCUUUACCCAUAAUAGAACUUGUUUACCCUCAAAUUUUGCAUAAGCAUUGCUACCAAUUUCUCCUGGAUCUGACAGUUAUCCCAAGGGAAAGCGAAAACAAUGCUCAUGCAAAAUUUUUGGGGGUAAUUCAAGAAUGAUUGAUUUUCAGGAAAAAAUUUUCUUCGUGCUGGACAAAUGAACACAAAUGUUGCCACUUGGGCCAGAUUACUAAAGAGAGCAGCUCCACCAAACUGUGCAACAGAAAACACAACUCUAAGUCCUAACUCUACACCUCAAUAUCCAAGGCAAGUUUACCUUCUACAUGUAGUAAUGCAGGUCUGUUGUAAAAAUGAUCAUGAUGCAGGGCCGUCACUGAGAUUUCAAGUUGCUGGGUAUAUUCAAUUAGUAGGCAGGAAAUUAAACAGCUUUGAAGUUCUAGUAUCUUUUAUUUCCCUUUUGUUUCCUCUCAACGUAGUUGGGGGUUGUCUUCGCAGAAGCUGGGGAAAUCUCUGGCCCCUUGGCUCUUAGUGACAGCCCUGUGAUGAUAAUUUCAGUUCUUUUGACAUGACAUUGUAUUUAAAAGCUUUUAGCCAGGAAUUGCCAAGUGGCCGUCCACAAAUUGAUAUGGCCCCAUUCCACUAGGGAUGGGGGGGGGGGGGUCUGAAGGAAUUCCCCCCCCCCCAAAAAAUAUUGAAAAUAUUAGCCUUCCUAGGUGCAUUUUCUGCGAUUUUCAGCUGAUAAACUUAUUGAUUGGACAAUUCAGAGUUACGGUAAAUGUUAAAUGUGUCUUUUCUUGGCAAAAACCUAAAAUGGACUGAAUUUGUACCUGCUGGCCAUACUAAAUGCAUCAGUUGUGUUAAACCACUUCCAAGCUUGACGUUUAUAAUUUUGUUUGUCUGACGUCAAUCUUUGGCAGCCAUCUUGGGGGAAGUUGAAAACUGGAAACAAUGUGUAGGGAUUGGACUGUGGGAGGGUGGCUGGGAAUUAUUUUUGUAACGACAAAAGCGGACUGAUAUAGGAUGGAAAAUGAAAAUGUGUUAUUGCAUUUGGCUUCCUUUUGAUGUUAAAGUUGUGCCUGUUCUAGCUAUGCAGACAUAUUUCCAGCCAUUAGGAAAAGUAUGAUUCUGAACACAUGUCGUUUACACAAGUUACUACUUCAUGUAGCCAUCAACAAGCACUCCCCAGUAGGAAAGCUUCUUCCUGGCUACAUGAGGUUCCUUUCCAUGAAAUCAGUCCUUUAAUGCGCACCAUGCUCUACAUUGAUAUAAAUGGGAAAAAAUAGCCCAAUAUUGGAGUAUGAAGGAACCUCAGCAAAGUAAAGUAGAAAUAAGGUGGUGGUGAGGUUGUGUGUGAAGUUUCUCCAGUAUCUUAAAGGAAUCAAGUAUUUUUUUUACAUAUCAUGAUAUCACUGACUGAGAAUCAACAAGAUUAUUAUUAUAUUAUUUUCUCCCAAAAAAUGGCCGUCCAGUGGAUGGCCACCUGGCUAAAAGCUUGCUAAUACCCACUGGUCAAGGGCCCAGAGAAGGCAUCUUCUAACUUUUUCAAGAACUAAGAAAAAGGUGAAACAGCAUGCAAGCAAAUUUGAGACCUGCUUGUCCUGAGGACAUAAGGUCCUUAUUUACUGGAUUUCAACUUUUAUUCAAGAAUAAGAUCAGGUCUAAAAGUUUAGCUGCAUUCACGCACACACUCACACAUCUACAGAACAAGCAAAAACAAACAACUGUUACAGAAAGAAAAAAGAAAACAUGGCAUAAAAGACACAUGUAGGUUCUAUCCUAGCCUGCAGACAGCAGACAUUUCUCCUCGCUCAUCGCCGCUGAGGGACGUUUUGCGAGGAGGAACGUCUGCGACUCAGCAACAUAAAUUCCAUACUGAUGACGUAAAAUCUGUCCGAAAUCUGGUCAGAAGCACUAAUUGGUCGACAGAGUAGUUUCAUUGUUUUAGGUAUUGUUUACGAAUGACAGACAAAAGACAAAAGGCCGCAAAGGUCAAAUGUAAACCCGAUGAAUCUCUAACAAAACAGCCAAUACUUGUGGAUUAUAGUCUUCUCUAGCUAGAAGGAUUUCAGUUUUGCUGGAGCUCACUCGCAGAUGCAUACAACGCUUUUACCAAAAUCGACUAGGAGAAACGUAAAAUUGAACAAAUUUGAAUUUGGAGCCCCAUGACUACCGGAUUUAUUAUGUAAACAUUGAUUUAUGUCAGCAGUAUGGAAUUUCUGUCGCUGAGUCGCAGACGUUCCUCCUCGCGAAAUGUCCCUCAGCGGCGAUGAGAGAGGAGAAACCUCUGCCGUUCGCAGGCUAGUUCCAUCCAUAACUAGCAAGUAUUGUAUGUGAAGGGAACACUAAAUAGAAAGAGAAAGAAACUUUGUGUAACAUUGAUUUUUUGAUGUGUUUUCUAGCACUCAACAAAGAACACAAACACCUCCUAGACAACCUGAUUUUAAUAGUACUACCCCUAGUAAAAACCAGAAGACUACAAAUAACAGUGGUGUUCCGGCUGGUACGAGUCCGAAGAAAACAGUCAAUGAAAAUGAAGUUCAGGUAAUUCUCCUCUUUUAAUUAGGUGGAAUAUGAUCGUUUUGGCAAGUGUAGUCCUGAAUAUGACUGUUGUUGAUAGUGACUGAUGUUUUGACUACCUGUACAGUAGUCAUCUUCAGACACUGAAGAUCUCACUGGUUGUCAAAAUGUCAGCUACCGUCAACUUCAGUCCUAUUCAAGACUACACUUGCCCAGAUGAUCAUAUUCCUCCUCAGUGGGUUCCACAUAAUUGGCAACAUCUUCUCAAUCACCUGGAGCAUCCAGAAAAUGUUUUGGCUUUUUUUUGUUUUUGCAAUUGUUACGGGCAAGAGGUUUCAUUUGCUUAAUACACUGGUAGAAACCAGUCUAUAAUGUAGAUCAAUAUUAUGAUCAAAAUUUUACACUUGCCAGUAAUUUUGAAAAGUUAUAAAAGCUUUCGACCUCAACUGAAACCUUGUUCACUUGAACUGCGCUGGCAGGUGUCUUGUCCGCCGCAUAACGUGCGACGAUUAGUUCUCAAUAUUAUCUGAAUUUUAAGUUAAAAAAUUUGCUCAUAGUUUAGAUUUACUGGAUAGAUGAAUCUACACAAGUCUAGAUUGAUAUUGCCUCUGUUGUUCAGAUCAUCCUUCAAUGCACCUGAGGUGUUUCCAUAUGAUCCUGGUUCAGCUCAAUUGCUGGAGCACAUUGUGAGACAACAUGGAUGUAAUCAAGGCAAUCUGGACAGUUUAUUAUUAAACCAAGGCUUUUGCUUAAGUCAGGUCUUUUAUCAGUGGCUGGAAACUGUAAAUUUUCCUUUCUUUCCUCGCCUUUUUGGUAGUAAAAUAAUGCAAUACAUUGACUUCAAAUCCCAGUUCCUCUCCUUCUUUAAUCAAAAUGAAGUGACAGCUGUGUUUAUGACAGUUUAGAUCAGUGUUGGUUAACUGAAAUUUGUGAUUUAUUUUUCUAGGAUGCUCUUUCAGCGUUUGGUUUCCUUGAUAGUCCUCAAAGACAAGAACUUCAGCCUUCUCCACCAAGACCAACACCUCCUGUUAGAAGAAAGUAAGCUUGAAUUACAGAAUGAUGACAGUCAUUUCUUUGGUUUUUUAGGAUAGUAUUUGUUAACUCAUAUUUGGAUUCAUUAUUGUUUUAGACCUCCAUCUCCUCCUACGAGUUCAACAAGCCACAUGAACAUUGAUAGCUUUCGUUGCGUCAGUGUAUUAGGCAGAGGGCAUUUUGGGAAGGUAAAAUUUGCAAACUGUCAUAUAUUGAUAAAUAAUAAUGAUGAUCAAUUUUUUUGAUUUGCUGUAUAUUAUUGUUUUGUGACAUUUAUAUUAUUGAGCAGCUUAAACCCGAUAAAAUAAUAUCAAAUUGCCACUUGAAGAUCAAAUUCAAUGAAAAAGCAGCAUUUCUUUUUUUUUUUUUUUAACUUCAAAGCUAAUUACUUGGACAUACUCUAACUGGAUUAUUUUUGGGUGAUGAAGGGGUGUGUAAUCUCAUACCCAAAUUUCUUGACAGCAAGAGAUCUGAGUAAGAAAAUGGACAUGUUUUUUUUGUUGUUGUUCUAGGUGAUUUUAGCUGAAUACAGAAACACUAACGAGCUGUUUGCCAUCAAGGCAUUGAAAAAGGGUGAUAUUAUUUCAAGAGAAGAAGUUGAAAGGUAGAUUAUGAUAUCCUUAUCCUUAACCCAGUAUUUAUCCUAGAUUCCUGCCCAGUCUGCUAUGAUAACUCAUGAGCUGUUUGCUAUCAUUAUCAGAUUAUUAAAUUGGUUUAUGAUAGUCAGUUUAGUUAAUCAGUGGUAAGAGUUUUUGCUAGUUUUGAUUUUUUUUUUCGUUAUUUCUAUUUUCACAGUCUUUUGUCUGAGAAAAGAAUAUUUUUAACAGCAAACAAGAUGAGACAUCCAUUCCUUGUUAACUUAUUUGCUUGCUUCCAAACACGGGUAAGAUUUUGCAGACUGGUGUCUUGUUUAAACUAAUGAGCUACUUUCUUUUCAAAGGAUUUCAGUUUCUGCUAUCUCUAAAAAGCCCUGGAAUGUUGUGACGGACUUGUCCAGGAAUCCUUGAAAAUAAAUGAAUUUCGCCAUAAAAAUAGGAUGUGAUAGAGUGGAGAUCACCAUAAUACCAUUUUUUCUUGUAGCUAGCCCUCAUGUGGUGCAAUUAAAGAGGCUAUGUCACGAGGAUAUUGUAUUACUGUUUUAGGUCAAUACUGUGCUGAAGUCAUUACUUAGUAGAGCCUUUACCCAACCACAAAAUGCUCUUGUAGAGUUAUAAAGAAGAUGUCAAACAAAUUUCAUCAAAGAGCACUAACCAAAAUAUUUUUUUAGAGAUUUCGCAGGCAGAGCAUUAAAACUUGAAAAAGAUGUCCCAACGUUUUCAGGUUUUAGUCCAUCUUCUUCCUUGCUAUCUGUAGCAAUAAAUGACUGGAAACAGUGUCAAUGCUUGAAUGUAGUCUUAAAUAACAAAACUGGACUUAGCAUCGUUCCCCGUGUUCUCUCCUACCCGUCCCUGCAGAGUGAGAAAGAGAGAACCUGGGAACGAGGUUGAACUGGACCAUUAUUUUUGGAAUUUAAUUGAUGAAAAGCCUUGUUUUAAAUAGCAAAUAGCGUGAUAUGGCGUGACAUGGCUUUACAUAGCCCCUUUAAAGUAAUAUAAAAAAGCACAUGUGACACCAAGGCUUAGGGUUGCAGAAAAAAUACCUCAUUCUUAUUUGCCUCUCAUUGAAUAGAAAAAGAAUAACCAAGUAGCACAUUGGUUACAUACUGUACAUAUUCUUUGAAGCACUGAAUUAAUUUUCUGCAAUCUCUCAGAGUCAUUGCACUUGAAAGGGUCAAUGUGUAACUUAGUAUGAUUUCUUGGUGUUGUUGUAGGAACAUGUGUGUUUUGUAAUGGAGUAUGCUCCUGGUGGUGAUCUUAUGAUGCACAUACAUGCAGAUGUCUUCUCAGAACCUAGGACAGUGUAAGUGAACAUUCACAUGAGUAGCACAUGUUUUAAGUUGCUUGAAAGUCACUAGUUGUUUCUUUCAGCACUUUUCAGCUCGUUUCUUUUUUCUCUCUUUCCUUUCUUUUUUUUUCCACAAAAGCACUGUGAGCACAGACAAAUGAACCGAAUUUUUUAGCUGAAUUUGCUUGUAGAUUUGAAUUAUGUACAUUAACUAAAGUUGACAUUGUAGCAAAACUACCAGACACAUUGCCUUGGUAUUAAUUUUUAAUAAAAUUAAUAAUUACAGUAAAAAAUCUGAACAAACAUCGCCAAUUUACACUUCAAUUUUCUUAUCCUCCUUUUAGAUUUUACACAUCAUGUGUGGUGUUAGGUCUGCAGUAUCUUCAUGAACAUGAAAUCGUUUACAGGCAAGUACUUUGAUAUAUUAUAAAUUUGACGUGUGUAUAUCAACACAUUUUCUUUUCCAAAUCAUCAUUAUUUGUGCAGUUACAUUCCUCUAUUCCCUCAGUGCCAUUUGAGACCUCUUCUUGUACUGAUGGCCUCUUAGCCAGUUAAUGGGUGGGGUGGGGUGGGGCAUUUUUCGCCUCUCCCCUACCCCUCCCCUUGCUACCAGCUUAGCUAUAUGUCAGUCUCAGCCGUGAAUUGCUAUGAAAAAAUUGUUCCAUGUACAAUACAACACUGAAACUGCGCAUUAUUUACUAAGAAAAUUUGUUUUCAGGUAAACGAGGUAUAGCCUAAGAGACACAAAUUAACAAGUAGUGCAAAUAAUUCAGCAAUUUUCUACUAAAAGCCCCAAAACAUUUUUAGUUGUUUGUCUUCAUUUGCUCCUUGAAAUUAUCCAAGUGUUAACAGGACAACUCUCUGUGUUUUCAAAAGUUAAAUUCCUUGUUUUGGUCUCUUUUUCAGGGAUUUAAAGCUUGACAAUUUACUGUUGGAUUCUGAGGGUUAUGUCAAGAUUGCCGACUUUGGCCUGUGUAAAGAAGGAAUGGGUUAUGGAGCAAGAACGGGGACCUUCUGUGGUACACCGGAGUUUUUAGCACCAGAGGUUAGUAACUAUAGGGCAGCUAUGCAUGCUUGUAUUUUGUUUAAAAUGCAGCACCAACAGCCAACCUGGAUCUUUUGUGGUAAGCCAGAAUCUGGAUUUUGUUAUCCACCCGAUAAAAUGAUAUUCAGUGGAUAUAGUAUUCGCGAAACCAAUUCUAUUAUCCACAGGACAGAGAGUUAUCCAGUGGGUGGCACUAUCCACAUUUUUAACAACAGGGCCAGACGGGAGCUCUCCUGGGCCAGAUUAGUAAUUGUUGGUUUACCUGUGGUACCCCAGAUAUUAAUCGCUUCUGAAGAGAAGUAAGCUAGCUAACCUGAUGAGCGUUUAACUUUUUUGGUUUAAUGAGCGCUUCGGUGGGGAGUGCAACCGUUUAAUGUUAGCUUUUAAAGUUCUGGUUUUUUGGGGGGGUGGGGUGAGAGGUGGAAAGGGGAAUUACUUGAGUGUUACACUUAACGUAGAUUUGAACAGUAGUUCUUCUUGUGCCACUGGUGCGCUGCUUUCAGUUCAGUUAAAAUGCUCUGUUAUCAAUUUUUUACUCCCAAUGAGCAGUUUAGCAAUACGGCGUCUUUGAAAUGCUGCAUUUGUUCUAAUCGGUUUCUAAUGGGUUGGUAGGUUUUAACAGAGACGUCCUAUACACGUGCUGUGGACUGGUGGGGACUGGGUGUCCUUAUAUUUGAAAUGCUAGUAGGAGAGGUGAGUGAGUGAUCUACUGACUAAGUCAAAAGAUACCUAAUUACUUUUACCGUUAAAAUAAACACCACCAUAAAAGUGUUGCUGAAAAGGUUUCGUUUGAAUGGUAACACUGUUCGAACUGCAUACUAAACAAAUAACAGCAUCUAAAAGUACUGCUAAAGAGGUUUCAUUUAAAUGGUCACACUAGAGGAUCUCAUCCACAGUCUCAAAUGUUAGAAGUGCGAGCUAAACGAGUAACCAUAAACGGUAACAUACUCCCAAUACACUUUUCAUUCUAACAUUGUUCUUGUUUUAUGUUACCGCUUUAGUCUCCAUUUCCUGGAGAUGAUGAAGAAGAAGUCUUUGAUUCCAUUGUAAAUGAUGAAGUUCGUUAUCCAAGGUUUCUUUCAACAGAAGCAAUUGCUAUCAUGAGAAGGGUGAGUCUCACUCACUGAAUUUUUUCUUUUGUAUUCUUCUUUACAGCUUUAGAUAAAGUUAAACUUCUUUAAAGGUGAUUUCGCACGGAAUGAUGUGCAACGACCAUUUUUAGGGCAACCAUGCUGGAACAGUGUAGUGACAAUUGAAAAAAAAAAAUCACUUAAUUUGUGUGUCAAUGUGUUUAGCACUAGAGCAGUAUUGUAAUGGACGACACUAUUUUUACGUCUCCUACUAAAGAAGGGACCGCUAUUUUACGCUGUCAUCCGAGCCAUGCUAUUAGUCGUUUGCAGGGCAAAGGCAGUACCUUCCCUACUUUCUCAGUUAUUUUAAGACCCUGAGUAUUGGUCCGUCCCCGGGAAUCAAACCCGCGACCACCCGGUCUGCAGUCAAGCGAUCUGCCGACUGAGCUAAUCCUCGCGCGGUAGCAGCAGUUGCGCAACAAUGUUGCAGCAAAUCAGGUUGUUGAAGGUUGCGAAAAGCUGUUGCAGAAAGUAGAGAGUAGUUCUACUUUUGCAACUAAAUCUUUACAUGUUGCGCGUUUUACCGACCCAAGGCAAACUUGUUUUGCACCAAUUGACGUAAAUCCAGCGUAUGGCGUGACUCCCUCGUAAUUUUAUCCAAUAAGAAGUCAGUAUUCACGCAGCCUGAAGCAAUCUCAUUUGUUGCUAGACAGGUUUGAAUGUUGGUGGUAAAACGUGCAACAUCGCUUUUCAGCUAGUUUUGUAGCAAUGUUUCGAAACAAGUUGCACCUAUUUUCUGCCCGUUUUACCGCAGCUGAACAGAACUGUUUGUGGCAACGGAAAUCCGCUAAAAGUGGGCUUGUCUUACUAAGAGUUGCUAUGCUUGUACAUGAAGACUGUUAAAAAGAGUCAGUAACUCUUCUUUCUGAUUGAUCUUUUGUUUUGAUUUUCCUACAGUUACUAAGACGGAACCCAGAGAGACGGUUAGGAGCCAGCGAAAAAGAUGCAGAGGAUGUUAGAAAACAGCCUUUCUUUAGGGUAAGUAAAUCCACAAUUUAACCGGAUUUAACCUUGAAGAAGUGGCCACCAAAUUGAGGUGCAGGCAAAUAAAAAAGAAGGCACGGGUGGCCAAAAUUGACUAAGAUUGCUACGGUUUACAUUUGGGGGUUGUGAAUAUUGUUCAGCCUGUAUGAUUUUCAAAUUUCUUCUGUGUUCGUGACUUUAAAUUUGAAUUCCCAGGAGACAUUUAUUUUUCAAAAAGGUGUGAUUGUUAUUUAGCGGUACAGUCGAAGCUCUCUUUGCAACUACUCUCGUAAGCGACCUGCUCUAUUCACGACCACAUUUGUAAAACCCCGUUUGAACUGUGACUUCAACUUUGUAAUGAAAAGCUGUCGUAAGCGACCGCUACCCAACUGGACUAUUCCUUUGUUUUUAUGCUCUCGUAAGCCACCAGUCCGAGUCUUCUUCAUAAUUUCGACGCUUCAAUGAAACUGCACACUGCCCUAAUGGUCUUUAAAAAUUGGACGUAAAGUUAAGCUGUGUCUAUAUCAGUCAUAAAGACACUCAUUAAACAUUAAUGUCUUUCGUUUUUUAUGAAUUGUUAAUGAGUUUCUGCAGCUCUCGUAAGCAACGACCCUCUAUUGUUUUACUAUGCGGUCGCUUGUGAGAGCUCAUUCUCGUACGCGACCAGCUCUAGUUACGACCACCUUUUUUAAUUUCCGAGGUGGUCGCUUUCUAGAGCUGCGACUGCAAUUUAGUAAUUGACGAUAAGUUUCACAAUCAUUAAUUUUGACAAAAUUAAGCAAAGUGGCCAAAACAGUGACUCAAUAGACAGUCCUUUGAACUCAUCAAGUGCCAUAGCCGGCUAGUAGUGAGGGACCUCAAAAGUGUCUUUUUAUAAUCGCUCAGGGUGUCGCUAAUUUUUUUUCCUUUCUUUUCUUUUUAGGACAUGAAUUGGGAUGACCUUCUCGCGAGAAAAGUUCGACCUCCUUUCGUCCCUAGCGUGGUAAGUUUCUCUUAGCUUACGCUUUCCUGUUACCUUAGAAGCUUUUUCCGACGUUAGAAUUCUCCUGAAGGAAGUACAUGUACAUAUUUAAGAAACAUUGCAAUUUUUAAGCUCUGUUUUACAAGACAUAGGGAAAAUCCUAUAUCCCCUUCCGGAUUCCAUCUUUCGACCUGACCUGCGGAGCAAGCCCUUACCAAAGGCUCACUCAUUUUACCCUCGUCCUUAACAAUGCUAGGAUCAGCAGUCAAGAGCCUACUCUAUGGUAAUAAGUAAAGAAGAAAAGUAAUUUUUAAGCUCGUUAGUGAAGUACAUGUUAUUUGCUUAAUGGACUCUGUGACAACAUGCUUGUAAACCUGCAAUAAAACGUCAGAUUCAGGUUUUGUCUUUAUCUUAUAGUUAGGCGUAUUUUGUAAUUGUUAUGGUAAUCUGCUUCGAGCUGUUCUCCUUAACUGGGUGGGGUUUCUUUCAUCCCUUGCUGUGGUUACUCUGAAGGCCCGUAACAUAGGGUGUAAAGUCUACAGAAAAUGAUAAUUAGUGUAACUUGUUGACGUUUUCUUGGCAGAAACAUGCAGAGGAUGUGAGUAAUUUCGAUGAAGAGUUCACAUCGGAGGAUCCAGUCCUUACCCCGCCCAAAGAAAUUAGAACGCUGUCAGACGAAGAACAGGUACAGAUAUGCUGAAUCUUACAUCUGAUCAACAAUGUCCUUAUUUCAUCUGUAUGGCCUUCGGGUUGCUUGUUCACUGUGGAAUCUCAAUGCAAUUCCACUGUUUAAACUAUAUCUCAGUUACUUUAACGUCUCUUCUAUUUCGCCAUCAGUUCUGGCCUGAUGCAAAAGUUUGAAUUUGAAAAAGAACUCUAAACAUGCGCAGGUUUAAGUCUGCUAGUUCGAAGGUUUUGAAGGUUUUGAUUGGUCCCCAGUUCCCACUUUUUGCAAUUGAAACUUGUCGCCGUCGUCAAGCGAGAGGGGUUUGCGACGAUUAAAUGAAACUGACCUCCAGCUAAGGUUGUCGUUUCCGCCUUCCUAACCGAUUAAAUCGAUUGGACUUUGAUGAAGCAAAAUCAGUCUCGUUUUUGUGAGGUGGAAAUGUUCGCGCUUGCCAAUUACCUCAUGCAACUAUUCUCCCAAGAAAACUAUUAAUCUUGUUAAUGUGUCUUUGGUUGAUCUAACCUCUCACGCAAUCCUCCCCAAAGUUGGUGCAAUAGGGAAGGAAGGCGUGACGAACCCCUAGGAGAGUCUGCGUGGGCGGCUAUGGUUGAUCCUAACCCGUUGUUACCUUUAUUAUUUUGCAGACACUGUUCGCGGAUUUCAACUACACUGCUGACUGGUGCUGAGAAAAACCAAGAGGCAAAGAAAAAUUUUAUACGAUUAGUGUAGCUAGAGAAUGAUUUUCAUUUUUACAAUGUCCAGGCGCUGGAUCUAGCGCCUCCAAUGUAAAGCGUUUUUAUGAAAGGAAAAAAAUGCGGUGAUUUUAUUUUUAUCAUAGUGGGGUACUAAUUUUUCCCCUCCCCAUUUAUCUCCCACUUUCAAAGAAGAUAUGCAUAAAGUAAAGACUAGUUUGGGAUGUAAAUACUAUAAAAUAUUAUGUCGUCUACACCUUCUCCUUGAAGGGUGGUGCUUAAGUAUGUAAUAUUCUUUGAUAUUAAGUACUCGUCCAUUGUCUGCCCCACGCUGGGCCUCACAAGCGCCCCUGGAAACAAAGUUACUUUGCUGCUGACUUUUAUAUUGAACUCCUCUGAUUAAACUCCUAGAAGAAUUAAUGGUGUCGUUGUUGAGUUCGUCAUCAUUUAUUCUUCCACAACAAAUUGUUUUUAUAGAAGUAUUUUUCACUGUUAGUUAUUUUCAGUGAAAGUAAUAGCUCCGGCCAGGGUUGCUCUCAAAAGAUGGUUAUCUUUCACCCAGGUUUACUAAGAGUUAUUUUACACAAAAUUGCCCUCGUUUAGAUACAUAUAGCUAGAGCUUAUUAAAUAUUGUUGAGCCAUAAUUCAGAGGCCCGGUCAAUAUGUUAACCCAAAAUAUACUAUGAUAGUCUAUGAGAAACUGAACUGAAACCCUUUCACUCCCAAACAUGGCUUAAGUCAAAAAUAAGAAAAGAAAGAAAAAGUGCUAUGCGCACGUUCUGCUCGGUACCUUUAUUUGAAUGGUCACACCGUAGGAUUUUGUCCACAGACUUGAAAGUUCGAACCACAUUACAAGACUCCAUUGUUCACUCUGGAAAUGGAAGGGUUAACUCUAUAACCUUGGGUUGGUGCUGACUGCCCUUCCUGAAAAAAGAACGAAAGCAAAGCAAGGGCCGUUUACUUUUCAAAUGUUGAAGUGACAGUUUUUUUUGUCUCCUUUUCUUUUUGUCGUUUUUCUUUUCUCGGUUCUCGAUGAGUAAAAAUUGAAAUUACCCGCUCAUGACUAAAAUCUUGUGGCUGUUCAGAAACGUUAAGCGAUGCAACCUAGCUAUUUGUUUUUCUACGAGUGUAAGUCUGACUAAUGUUCAGAUUGCACGAGCAUACUUUCUUCUUGUUCAUCGACCCUUAAUUUUGAGGCUACUGAGUCUUUCUGUGCAAGAAGUUGGAUGAGAAUCGAAACAGAGUUCAAGUCACAAUUUGUCAGUAUAUCCCUUUGCUUUCGUAGAGUGCUUGUUAAAUUAUGUUUUGCAUUCCCUCGACUAGCCGAAGAGGAAGUCGAGUGAAAUGAAACGUGAUCUUAUACUUGUAAAUAAUAGAGAAAUUUUCUACCUCUACUCUGAGAUUGUAUAUCAUUUAUUUUACAGCUUCAAUUUGGAAUUAAAACUUGAUGGAUUUGAGUUUAACUUUCAGAAUAUUUGAUUGUUUAAAAUUGCUGCUUUUCUCACGGACAGCCUCUCUGUUCUAGCAAUGAAUGUGUGUGACAUUGGUCAUGCUCUACCUGUGAAUGUUCUCUGCAUUUUAGAGACGUUUAUUUAAUAAACUCCGAAUACCC